AUGCCUGCUCUUUGUGGAGGAUCCAAGACUGUUCAGCGAAAGCUGGUUCUGCUGGGUGAUGGUGCUUGCGGAAAGACAUCAUUGCUCAACGUCUUUACUAGAGGCUACUUCCCAACGGUUUACGAACCUACGGUUUUCGAGAAUUACGUUCACGACAUCUUUGUGGAUAAUGUCCACAUCGAACUUUCUCUCUGGGAUACAGCCGGCCAAGAAGAAUUCGACCGAUUACGAUCCCUCUCCUACGAUCUCAUCAUGCUCUGCUACUCAGUCGACAGCAAAGACUCGCUCGAAAACGUAGAGUCCAAGUGGGUAGGCGAAAUCGCCGACAACUGCCCCGGCACGAAACUCGUGCUCGUAGCCCUCAAGUGCGACCUCCGCGAGCAGGGCGAAGACGACGAAAACGCAGCAGCGGGCGGCGAAUCAGAACAACCCCGGGAGAAGAAGCCAAUGAUCAACUACGACCAGGGUCUCGAGGUGGCGCGUCGCAUAGGCGCCCAGCGAUACCUCGAGUGCUCCGCCAUGAAGAACAGGGGCGUCAACGAGGCCUUUACCGAGGCUGCGCGCGUUGCUCUCAGCGUCAAGAAGGAUCGCGAGGAGGGCAAGUGCAUCGUCAUGUGAAGAAGUCAAAAAGAAACGGCAUUAUUUCUGGGGUCCCUGUUUUUUUUUUUUACGAUACGAUACGAGCAUUAUAAUCGAAAAAAUACGAAGCCUGGCUGACACGCUUGAAACGACACAUACGGGCUUCGUUUAUUUUUAUCUCACUCUCGAGAGGGGGUAUCUUUUUUCAACAACUGUAUAUAUCGUGCUGCAUAUUUGCACAUAGGGUUUUUUGCUUGGGUGUUUUAUUUUACGCGGCAUUUUCUUUUUUAGCAUGUUGGGCUUUUUGCCACAAGCAAAAAGGUCUGGCUCAAAAAAAGAGGGAUGAAGAGGAGUAGAACUGCUGGGGGUGUUAUCGGUCGAGAAUUGACGAGAUGCUUUUUGUCAUUAUUAU